GGGUUAACCCGCGGCCGUCCCACAAUCCUCUGCGAAGCUGCAACGUAGCCGGAAGAUGGCGGCAGUAUAGUGAAGAUUAAAUCCCGUCCACCGGCGGCCGCACAGUGACAGAGAGGCAGCGCUCCUCCGUGAUCCGGCCCGGAUAUAGCAGAGUCAUGGCAAGUCCUCGGACAAGGAAGGUGCUGAAGGAGGUCAGAGCGGAGGAUGAAAACAAUACUUGCUUUGAAUGUGGAGCCUUUAACCCUCAGUGGGUCAGCGUCACUUAUGGCAUCUGGGUGUGUCUGGAGUGCUCAGGAAAGCAUCGGGGGCUCGGAGUCCACCUCAGCUUUGUCCGCUCAGUCACGAUGGACAAGUGGAAGGACGUGGAGCUGGAGAAGAUGAAGGUCGGGGGUAACGGCAAGUUCCGUCAGUUCUUGGAGUUCCAGGAGGACCAUGACUCCUGCUGGAGUCUGCAGGAGAAGUACAACAGCAAAGCAGCGGCUCUUUACCGGGACAAGAUUGCCACAUUGGCUGAAGGUCGGGAAUGGUCUGAGGAGACCUCGCCUGCCAACAACUGGACACCUCCUCAGCCUAAGAUGAUGGGCAGCACAUCUCACCGCUUAAACACCAGCGGCCACACCGGAGCCUCCUCUGGGGACAAAGCCUUUGAUGACUGGCUGAACGACGACGUCAAUUCCUAUCAGGGUGGUGGGGGUGCUGGAAACCAGGAGAACAGAUAUGUCGGCUUUGGCAACACUGUCAAUCCUCCGAAGAAAGAAGAUGAUUUUCUGAACAACGCAAUGACCUCACUGUACUCGGGCUGGAGCAGCUUCACUGUUGGAGCCAGUAAAUUUGCUUCUGCUGCAAAGGAAAGUGCUUCCAAGCUGGGAUCCCAAGCUACACAGAAGGCCUCUGAGCUAGGCCAGACCAUUAAUGAAUCUGUUGUCAAACCAGCCCAGGAGAAGGUAAAAGAUGGAAAAAUCUUGGAAGAUGUCUCCAGUUCAGUGUCUAGUCUAGCAGCCAAGGUUCAGGGUGUUGGUUCCAAAAGCUGGAGAGACGUCACCACCUUUUUUUCGGCCAAGAGUGAGGACGGCACCGAAAACUCCUAUUCAGAAGAGGGCUACCAGCAGGGCGGCAGUGGUGGCGAUGGCUAUCAGAAUGCUGCCCAAGGAAAAUCCUUUUGGGAGACAUUUGGCAGCUCGGAAGAUAUAAAGAAGCCAACAAAAUCUCCCAGCGGGGACAGCUGGACCUUCCCUGAAAACGGCACCGAACGGAAGAGCUCUGACAGCUGGGAGGUUUGGGGGUCCGGAACCACCUCUAACAACAAGAACAGCAACAGUGACAGCUGGGAGAACUGGGACAGCCAUUGGGAAAGUGAAGGAAAGAGCAAGAAGGGUGGCAAGAGUGCGGCACCCGCUACAGAUGAGGGGUGGGACAACUCCAACUGGUAGAGUAAUGCAGGAGGGGUAUCAGAUGGGUUAUAUAGAGCAGAGGGGAACCCAAUUUCCAAUUAUUUCAUCAUAAGUUGUGGAUGGGACUUGAUGGCUUCUGCUGUCAUUCUGAACUAGCGUAAUACAUAAUCAGUGUUCACCUCCAUCUCCUGAUAAUUGGAAAUCUGGGGCUCACUGGGUCUCUUCAGCAUUGGUGCCCCCCAAGUGGUCCUUCCAGGAAGCAAGUCAUCUGUGGUUUGUGCACAUUAUAUUCAGCCUCCCAGUCGAACAUCACCCCCCUCUGCUGACCGUCCUCUCGAUCCCCUGCCUUAGUAUUUAAAUUGCUGGAAAGUGCCCUCACGUGUGCUCCGUUUCCUCUCUGACCAUAUGUAGCCCCCUUGAUGUGUGAUAACGCGCAGGGAACAUUGUGGCUGCGCUCUGUGCAUCCAGUGGACAUUGUGCUUUCUCCUAAGUAGCUUGGAUGACGUCAGUCCCAAUUGCAGAAAGAUGUGACAUUUUACAUCCCUGUGCCCCGUUCCCCUCGUAUACCUCAUAACAGCCUUUAAUCCAUUGUGCUGCUGUAUUCUCUCGUAUCCUGCUGUGUACCCUGAGAUAUGGCGUUGGCCAUUUUAAGUGCCACCCAUCAGGGCCCAGCUAUAGCCAGUGACUCCAGCUUAAUUACAUUGUCUGCUGGAGUCAGAAGUAGUCUGAAUUUUGCUUCAUCAGAGGCUCAGGCUACUUCCUUCUCCUUACACCAUGCUUUACAUUGCAGUUUUGCUUCUCCUGAUUGGUUGCUGUGUAUAGCUACACACAUACCAGUGCAUGGAGAGUUCAUUUAUAUUGCAGAAA